UAUACGCAAAAUUUCAUCACCUUCAUUCCAUGGAUAAACGAUCCUCUUCCACGGCUUCCAUUCCCGAAAGGCUCCAAGGAAAAGUGGCCAUAAUCACCGGAGGCGCCAGCGGCAUCGGCGCCGCCACUGCCAAGCUCUUUGUCCAAAACGGCGCUAAAGUGAUUGUCGCUGACAUCAAAGACAGCCGCGGGCAAUCCCUCUGCAAAGCGCUGGGCACAAACGAUACCGUCUCCUAUGUACACUGCGACGUCACGAGUGAUUCCGACGUCAAAAACGCCGUUGACACAGCGGUGUCCAGGUACGGCAAGCUCGACAUCAUGUACAGUAACGCCGGCAUCCUGGGCGACUUGGAUCUCACAAUACAAGGCUGCAGCAACGAAACCUUCAGAAGGGUUUUCGAAGUUAACGUGUACGGGGCUUUCCUGGGGGCGAAGCAUGCGGCGAGAGUGAUGAUCCCAGCAAAAGCGGGAAUCAUUCUCUUCACGGCGAGCAUAGCUUCGGUGGUGGCCGGAGAGGCACCUCAUGCUUACGCAGCGUCGAAGCACGCCGUUGUUGGGCUUAUGAAGAAUCUAAGCGCGGAGCUGGGGCCAUACGGAAUAAGAGUGAACUGCAUCUCUCCGGGCGCCGUUUUGACUCCGUUCGCGAGCAAUUCGAUGAAGAUGGACAGCAGGUUGACGGAGAAAAUGGUGGGCAUGGUGAUGUCGAAGGGGAUGGUUCUUAUGGACCCUGAAGAGGUAGGGAACGCGGCGCUCUUUUUGAGCAGCGAUGAAUCCAAGUCAGUGAAUGGUUUGAACUUUGUGAUUGAGGGAGGAUUUAAUAAUGGGAAGGCCAGCAUGUCACUCCCUUCUGGGAUGAAAGAUCUGAUGAAGCUUUUCUACAAGAAAUGA